AUUUUGGCGUGUUUCAUUCAUAGAGAGGGCAAAAAGCGUAGAAGCGCGUAGGAAUAACUGUAUCAGCCGUGGUUGCGAAGAAAUGUCAAACAUGAGUGUUUGUUUCUAAACAAGUUUUAAGCAAGCAUAAGUUUAAACAAGCAGGUGAUUCAAAUGGCUUAAAAUUGUGUCUGUAAUGGAUGGAUAAUCAUAACGCAUAGUUAAUAAACAUGAGGGCUAUACCGAAGUGGGUUGAAAAAAUCCAUGAUCCGAACGAGAAGAACGAUAUCGCCAGCAUUCAUUCGACCUGUUUUCAUCCGGAAGGAUUACAGCUGGUGGUGGGAGCAGGAGACAAGGUGCUGGUGUACGAUCCAGCCGAUGGAAGCAUAAUAAGUUCUUUGAAGGGCCACAAGGAUACGGUUCAUUGUGUGGCCUACGCAAGAGAUGGGAAGAAAUUUGCCUCUGGAAGUGCGGACAAAACAGUUAUCAUUUGGACGAAUAAAUUGGAGGGAUUGCUGAAAUUCUCUCACGGAGAUUCGGUCCAAUGUCUUUCCUUCAACCCUAUUUCUCACCAGUUGGCAUCAUGCGCGGUGUCAGACUUUUCCUUCUGGUCCUCGGAGCAGAAAGCGGUUCAGAAGUACAAAACGGUGGCAAGGAUAAACGCUUGCGCUUGGACGAACGAUGGGCAGUACAUUGCGCUGGGGAUGGCCAACGGAACUAUUUCCAUCCGGAACAAGGCGGGUGAGGAGAAGAACAAAAUCGAACGCCCGGGUGGCGUGAACAGUCCCAUAUUCGGGUUGGCUUGGAAUCCGCCGUCCAGUGGAUCGGCUGACAUCCUGUGUGUUAUCGACUGGAGUCAGACGCUGUCAUUCUACUCGCUCGGGGGACAAUCCAUUGGGAAGGAGCGAGUUUUCAACUUUGAUCCGCUAUGCUUGAGCUUUUUCCCCGAUGGAGAGUUUUUAAUUAUCUCCGGUUGCAAUAAGGCGUUGCAGCUGUUUACCCGUGACGGAAUUCGACUCGGGAUGUUGGGUGAACCGCACGAGUCUUGGAUUUGGGCUACAGCUGUGCACCCAACGGGGAACACGAUUGUUGUCGGUUGUCAGGAUGGGUCUCUCGCAUGCUACAGUUUGGUUUUUAACACCGUUCACGCCCUGUACCGUGAGCGGUACGCAUUCAGGGAAAACAUGUGUGACGUUAUCAUACAGCAUUUGGUUUCCGGACAGAAAGUUCGUAUAAAAUGUCGCGAUCUGGUGCAUAAGAUAGCUAUCUAUCGAAAUCGCUUGGCGGUUCAGUUGCCGGAACGGGUUGUUCUGUACGAGCUGAGCUCAGCCGAAAACCAACCGAUGCAUUACAAAGUCAAGGAAAAAAUUGCUAAAAAGUUCAAUUGUAGCUUGCUGGUAGUCUGUGCCCAACAUUUGGUUCUUUGCCAGGAGAAGAAAUUGCAGAGUCUGGACUUUAAUGGAACUCUGCAGCGGGAAUGGAUUAUGGACAGUUUCAUUCGAUACAUCAAAGUAACGGGAGGACCUGCCGGAUGUGAAGGUCUUCUGCUAGGGUUGAAGAGUGGCCAAGUUUGGAGAAUAUUUUUGGAUAAUUCCCUCCCAAUAUUGGUCACCACAGUGCUGUCAUCGGUUCGAUGUCUGGAUCUGAAUGCUACCCGGACAAAACUUGCCGUUGUGGAUGAUGCUGGACGGCUGGUAGUUCGUGAUCUGAUGAGUGAUACGAUGCUUUAUCAAGAUUCGAAUGUCAACUCGGUAGCGUGGAAUACUCACCUGGAGUCAAUGCUUUGCUAUUCUCACACAACGGGAGGUUUAAGCGUGAGGGUUGGGUCUCUUCCCCCCAGGAGUCCCCAAUCGAUGCUUGGAGUAGUAGUGGGACUGUGUGGUGCAACAGCGUUUUGUUUGCGCGGAAACGUGAUGAGCAAUGUCCCACUUGCUUUGGGAGCUACGAUGUGGCAAUUCGUAGAGGCCGGAUUAUUCGAGGACGCCUAUCAAGUAGCUUGUUUAGGAGUGCCACUGUCGGAUUGGGAAGGUUUAGCGCAAACCGCUUUGGAGAACCUGAACUAUCAGGUAGCACGGGAUGCUUAUGUGAAAGUACGAAACCUGCCUUGGCUUGAACUAAUCCACGAUCUCAAAGAAAGACAAAAGCGCGGCGAUACUUCCAAAGAGGUUCUUCUGGCAGAUACGUACGCUUUUAUGGGUAAAUUCAAGGAAGCCGCUCGUUUGUACCAAAAAUCGGGCAAUAACAGUAAAGCGCUGGCAAUGUACAGCGAUCUGCGUAUGUUCGACCUGGCGCAGGAAUUCCUAAAGGAAGGAAGCGCUGCUGAUAAGAAGGAGCUGAUUAGGAGGAGGGCAGAGUGGGCAUGUUCAGUGCACGAACCAAGAGCCGCCGCUGAGCUGCUGCUCUCUGCGGGUGAGUCUGAACGAGCUAUUGAAAUUGUGGCCGAACAAGGUUGGACGGAUGUUCUAUUGGAUAUUGGCAGACGCAUAAAUGCUUCCGAGAAAAAACCUCUUGAGCUGAUCGCAAGUCAUUUGAGAAGAUUAAAAGCAUUGCCACUAGCAGCUGAAAUUUAUCGCAAACUCGGAGAGGAAGAACAAGUUGUGCAGCUGCAUGUAGAGGCGAGAGAUUGGCCGGAGGCUUUUCGAUUAGCCGAACAUUUGCCGAAAAUACUUCCACAAAUUCAUUAUCAGCAUGCUCAAUGGCUUGCUGAAUCGGAUCAGUUUAUUGCGGCUCACGAGGCAUAUGUGCUCGCAGGAAAACCUAACGAAGCCACACAAUUGUUGCGUAACCUUGUAGAGUGUGCGGUAUCUGAAGAACGGUACCUGGAUGCUGGAUAUUAUACGUGGUUGAGAGCCAAACAAAUAUUGAAGCUGCUCGAACUCGAGACUGUGUUGAUGGAACCCAAAAUUGCGGAAUAUAAAUCUCUGCUGAAGCUGGCUUCGAUUUUUUACGCCUAUAGUACUCUCAAUUCAUACUUGAAGGAACCGUUCACGAGUAGUCCGCCAUUAACGCUGUUCAAUACGAGUCGUUUCGUCGUGAAUCAAUUGAAUGGACCUUCGACCCCGAAAGGAAUUAGUUUGUUCGCAAUUUAUUACACACUCUCAAAGCAAGCUAAAGUUCUAGGAGCAAACAAAUUACACCUCCAGAUCAACAACAAACUUCAAUCGCUGAAGGCUCCUCCUGGUAUUCAAGAACAGGUUGAUAUAAGUUAUAUAACGAGCAGAGCUUGCCCUGGGGGCUUCAAUGACCCAGAGGAGUACCUUCCAAUGUGCUACAGGUGUUCAAAUUACAGUCCCCAUCUACAUGGCAAUCGCUGUCCAAACUGUCAGCAAGAAUAUGUAUUCUCAUAUGUGUCAUUUGAGAUUCUGCCGCUGGCGGAGUUCUCCCCUAAUCCAGAUGUCCCUGAGCAGGAAGCCGAAAGGUUAUUGAUGGCACCUCCAAAAGUGAAUAAGUAUGAACAAACCGAUCAAUUUAUCACGGAGGAUAUAAUCGACACAUUUCCAGUCAACAUGGAUCGGGAUGCACUACGAGCGGUUGAUCCACGGGAAGUUAUCAUCAUCAAAGGCCCGAAGCCUUUGCCUACGAAAUACUACAGAAAUCUUCUCCCUGAGUUGCAGAUAACUGUCUGUCCGGAAUGCAAUCAUGCGUUUCAUUCGGAGGAUUUCGAGCUGCAAUUCCUGCAGAAGGGCUACUGUCCGUUCUGCAGAACACCAGAGGAUAGUAUUGUUACCUAAAAGUACGAUGUCUUUGCCCAAGGAAGAUACACAACAAAUACGACACCACCAAUGGUUGAUCUCAAUUCCGUCCUUAAAUACUUAGAAUGUGAUGUUUUGUAAGAUUGUACUAUUUAUUAAUAUAGUUGCACAUUUGAUUGGUAAUAAAUGCAUU